ACGGCAGCGCGAAAACGGCGGAUGAUGGCGGAGAAGUUUUAUUUAAGUGUGGAUGUGAAAUGAAUGAGGGAGAAGCUGUGAGAGGACCUGAGCGGAGACUGAUGGCCUGCAGGACGGAGGAGAACGGAGGAUGAAGGUCCAGGAGGCACAGUGGUCGUUUCAGAAGGAAGUGAUGCCAUCCUGCCCUGCUCCCUCAGCACCAAGGAGAGCGUUGUACAGAAGCUGUUUGACUGGAGAAAGAUGGAUCAAAAAAUAAAGGAAGUGUUCAUGUAUGAUGCUGGCGUUCAUUACAAUAACGGGCAUUCAGGUCAAGACGAGCAGUUCAAAGGACGAAUCUCACACUUCCCAGACCAGCUGCAGUUUGGUAACGCCUCCAUAAUCAUCAGAAACACCAGGAUGGCUGACAGUGGAGACUACACCUGUGCGUUUCCUCGUCUGCAGUCAGAACAAACAGUCAGCAUUAAACUUGUUGUUGAACAUUUGUUCAAAAACCGGUCAGAGGUUCCAGGCGCAGCCCCCAAACCAGAUAUCUGUAUAGUUAUCACAGAGGACGGGGUGCUGUUGAAGUGUAAGGUUCAAGGUUUUCCCAAACCUAAAGUAGAGUGGCGGGAUGGUGAUGGAAACCUCCUUCCUGCUGAGGAGCCACAGGUGUCAUACAGAGGAGACCGCUACUACAUCACCCUCCUCACCACUGUGACCAGGACAAAGACUGACCUGUUCCACUGUGUGGCCACACAGGAGGAGCUCAGCCAUAGGACUGAGGGUAACAUCUCUGUCCCUUAUUAUGAAAACCUGUUCAAAGGCACGUCUGGAGAAGUUGUCAUUGGAUUGGCUGGAUGGUUUAUGGGAUUAUUAACUUUUGCUUUAGUGCUGGCUGUGCUUGUAGCUACAAAGUGCAUCACAAUACGUUCUAACAAAGGUUAUCCUGGGAAUACAGAGAUCUCAUCUAAGCCUGAGGGCGGAUCAGAAGAUAGAGAAUUCAGUUCACUGAAGAGCCCUUCAGUGGUUUGAUCCCCAGCUUGUUCACACUGUGUGUGUGGGGGGGGGGGGGGGUAUAGCCACUAAAAAUAAUCUGAUGGAACUGAGCUCCAAAAAGCUGAGGAUGAUCAAGUUAAUCAUAAAAUAAAUCCGGAGACCUUUGACACCAGCAGACCACUCUGUGCCUUAAAAUAAGCUCUGGCAGCUAAACAAAAAGUUUCCUCAGAGGAUCAUUUUCAGUGUCUGUCACAGACAGCUGACUUCACCUGAUUAGAAAUAAUGAUGACACUCCAGAUGGAAGAGCUUCUGUUAGAGAUCAGAGACUGUUGUAAAUAUCAGUGUAGCAGAGAUUCUCAGAGUUCCUCAUUGUAUUAUUUUUAGAAGGUCUAGAAUAGAAUAGAAUGCCUUUAUUGUCAUUAUACAGGAUGUACAAUGAGAUUGGAGAAUGCACCAAAACUAACAAAUAUGAAAUACAAAAAGUACAAAAAAGAGCACUGAAAGGAAGAGCUGUGAGCCGCUGCGUCUGUGCGCGCCGCCAUCUUGGAAGUGAUGGCAUCUGUGUAAGCUUCAGCUCCUUCAUGCUCUCUAUAUGUGUAUAUAUAUUGUAUAUAUUAAGAAAACCAAAUGUUUAUAUUUAUACACAAGUCAUGAAUUGUCAAUGUUUUUAAGCAUUAUCUGAAGCGUGAUUAUUUAUUGUGUUGUUUUAGUGAAACAUACUGCAAAUGGAGCACUGAUCAUGUUGAGACUUCAACAGGAAAUCUUUACAGAGCUACAAUGUAACCUACUGCUGCAUUUAAACUUGUCCUGCUGUUUUACAUACAGUACCAGCCCAUAGAAACCAGUGAAAUGCUGGGAGUUUGUCCCUCCUGGGUCCUCGCUCUCUGUUAAGGGGGGGUUAACAUAUUUGUCCCUCUAGUUUUUCCACCUCAUUCUUCACUCCCUCAUGUCUGUUCACAUAGUUCCAGCAGUCUCCCUCUGGGACUUUGCUGACAUUUGUGAGUCCAUAUAUUGAUGCUAAAUUAUUAUUCCUUAUGCUGAGACGAUGAUUGUUAUUCUCUCACUGAUGAAUCUAAAACUGCACAGAGAGUAGCUGCAUGCGCUCAUCAGUGCUGAACAGACCAAUCAGUGGCAGCAUGGGAAUUAAUGGAUUAGUGAGGUGGGGAUUUUCCUGAGAGCGGUCUCUGUUUCAUGUACGUACAGGAGGUUUUCAGUCUUCAAUGUCGUAUUUUGGAACAUGCAUGUUUAUCUCUACAAGGACGUCAGUGUCACCUGUUUAGUUUGUAAUAAUUGAAUCUUCUAGUGGAAGACUUCAGGAACAGGUGGUCAUAUCUGUCGCCAUUUAGUUCCUUUAUGUUUGAAAUUGUUUUUAUAAAACCGCCUUUGUUACAUCUUAUUGAAAACUUUUAGACGUGUCAAAGUAUUUUACUUUUCAAUAAAAACAAUUUUGUAAUCAUUG